UCUUACGGUGUGCUGCUUUGGGAGUUAUUGACUUGCGAAAUACCCUAUCACAAUGUGGACUCCACUGCGAUCAUUUGGGGUGUGGGCAGUGAAAAUCUGCGGCUCCCGGUGCCGGCCACUUGUCCAACUGAAUUUCGUAUUCUGAUCAAGAUGUGCUGGAAUGCGAAACCGCGGAAUCGGCCCAAUUUUCGUCAAAUCAUGUCCCAUCUGGAGUUGGCUUGUCAUGAUUUGCUUCAGUUGAGCAACGAUGAGUUCAAUGCAAUGCAGCAGUUGUGGAAAGAGGAAAUAGCACUACAUUUUCAGGACCAACGGAUCGCAGAAGAAGGGCAGGGCAAACUGGACGUUGUCCUGCUACGACGGCGUCGAGAAGAAUUACGUCAUGCUCAGGAUAUCCGGCGACACUAUGAGGACAAACUGGAGCGCGUGAAUGAUUUGUGCACUGAUAUGCAACUUUUGUUAGAGGAAUAUGAAGAACAAUGCAAACGAGCCAAAACAGAAAAAACUCACUACGAACAGAUGAAUGAGGAAUUGAAACAAAUGCAGGCGAAAUUUCGGAUGCGAGAACUUCAGAAUACAUUGGAGCAGACAUGGGCUUUAUCGAAAACGGAAUUGUUACGCAAAUUAAGUUCGGCUUUGAUGUCUGAAAGAUACGGAACAGCCCCAUUCGCUCAGCAACAGCUGAUGCUUGUUUCCGCCAGCAAAAGUAUGGAUGCUUUAAAUCAAUUUGAUCGAUCUGGAAAAUCUAUAAACGAUGCAACUGCUUUCCUUGNGUGGUUCCGUCGGGCGAUCACGUGA